AUGGCAGCCAACGCAUCAGCCGGUAGCCCGGUGGGUGAAAUGAUUAUCGCGGGCUCCCCGAAGACCCUGGCUGAUAUAAAUGCUCAACCGGCCAAUUUGAUCACUCCGGAUGGCAUGAAUCUUCCGAAUGGUCAGAGUUUACUGGUAGACCGAGUUGUAGAGGAGAUCAGUUCCUACGACGGUGGCCCCAUGUCGAACUUGGCUUCGGAAUUGCGUGAAAUUCAGUUCCAAAUUGAUGGACUACCCGAUCCUCAGGACGCCGACCAGGUUGUUGAGCUGCUAACCGCUCGUCGCGAAUGCAUGUUCCUACUUCUGGAUGUCUGUUUGUCCAGCGUUCUGCCAGACACAUUCCUCUCGGUCGGCAAUGAGGAGGCCUAUCGGGUAAGGUUUGAACGCUUUUUAAAAUAUCAGCACCUCUAG